AUGAGUGCACCAAGAAAAGCAUGGAUUGUGGCAGCAAGCAUUGGAGCAGUUGAGGCACUGAAAGAUCAAGGAGUCUGCAGAUGGAAUUAUCCUUUAAGAUUACUGCAUAAUCAUGCCAAGAACAAUCUCAAAUCCUAUUACCAGACUCAAAUUCUACCUUUAACUGCAAGAUUUUCUUCUUCACUUUCUCCUCCUCCUCCUCCUUCUUCUCCUGCUGCUGCUGCUGCUGCUAUCGCGAAGAUGAAGAGAAGUGAAAAAUCUAUGGAUAAAGUGAUGGAUUUGAGCUGUUGGGGUCCCAGUACUGUUAGAUUCUAA